AUCACAGAUUGAUGGUACCGUGGUAAAGAAUAAAACUUACACCUGGUACUUGCAGGGGCCUUAUGAUUAGCACAGUUGCCUCCCAGCACAGUUAUCAAGAUUCGAACUCGGGUCAUACUCCCUUGGCACUUCUUACCUUUGCCAAUUGCGCAAUGCCGGCCGGUUGCAAUUGAAGCGGGUGGUUAAGUGAAUUCGGAUCAGGCCGGGAAAUCCCACUCCAUCUUCUGAAUCUCCGUUCCGUUCAUCUUUCCCACAAAGAGUUUUCCAUAAAAUGUUCUGUUUCGGAAACCAGUCUCCCAGAAGCACAAAGACUUUCAACCGAGACGUCGAAGAACAACGACAAGAGGAGUUUAAGUACGCAAGCACGCUCUCCUGGUCUUCACAUUACAGCGUUUUCGUUGUUCGUCUCGCCAUCAUGGUGAUGCUGGCGAUUUUGAUUGCGUUGCUAACCUUGCUAACAUGGCAUUUCACCAGAGCUUACACGAAAAGAUCGCUGAGCACGCUGGCGUUCGGCCUCCGCCACGAGCUCCUCCAGAGGCCCAUACUGAGAAUGUGGAGCAUCCUGAACUCCACGGUGGAGAUAGCGACUGCCCAGGUGAAGAUGUCGGAGUUCGUGAUCAAACGUUAUAGCGGCGCCGUGACGCAAGCAGAGCAGGUGGAGCUCUAUGAUGCCAUGAAGGAGGUGACGUGGGCGCUGUUUGCCAGCCGGAAAGCUCUCAGUUCUUUAACCAUCAACUACAGGAAUGGCUUCGUCCAGGCCUUCCACAGAGACCACCGGAGCAACAACACCUUCUACAUAUACUCCGACCUCUCCAACUACUCGAUUAGCGGAAGUUACAUGGAUGUCCCUGCCGCCAGCAUGGCGGCAUCCUCGUCCCGUCAGGGAUGGGACGACCGGUCCAUACGCAGCAACACGUCUGCAGUGUGGUACCGGGACCCGCUGGACCCCGUGACAGGGGCCAGGAUUGGGAAACAGGGGGAGAUCCCGCCGGACGAGCUCAUCAACAUCGCGGGGAUCUCCCAAGUGCCCGACGGCGCCGCAACCUGGCACGUUGCGGUCAGCAAGUACUCUGAUUCCCCACUCCUCUCUGCGGCGCUUCCUGUGUGGGACCCGGCAAACGAGAGCAUAGUGGCGGUGGUGGGAGUCACCACGGCGCUAUACAGCGUGGGGCAGUUGAUGAGGGAGAUUGUUGAGUUCCACAGCGGACACAUAUAUCUAACCUCUCAAGAGGGAUGGCUCAUCGCCACCUCCACAAACACCCCUCUCUGGGUGAACUCGACGAAGAGGCCGAAGCUGAUCAUGGCUGUGGAUUCUGAGGACCCGGUGAUACAAGCAGGGGCACUGUGCUUGCAGAGACAGUAUGGAAACAACAUCCCACCAGGUGAAGAAGUCCACAUAGAGAAUGCAAAGCUUGGGAAUCAGCUGUAUUACAUUGACUCCUUCUUUCUGAACUUGAAGAGACUCCCCAUGGUUGGAGUUAUAAUCAUCCCCAGGAAAUAUAUAAUGGGUAAGAUAGACGAGAGAGCUUUCAAAACGCUGGUCGUGUUGAUAUCUGCUUCCGUCUGCACUCUGAUCACCGGAUGCGUCUGCAUAUUCAUAUUGACCAAUGGGGUUUCAAAGGAAAUGAAACUCAGGGCUGAACUUAUAUGCCAUUUGGAUGCAAGGAGGAAAGCAGAGGCAUCCAGUAACUACAAGAGCCAGUUUUUAGCAAACAUGAGUCAUGAACUAAGAACGCCCAUGGCUGCGGUUAUUGGUUUGCUGGACAUUCUUAUAUGCGAUGACAGUCUCACAAAUGAGCAAUCUGGGACCGUCACUCAGAUACGCAAAUGCUCAACUGCUUUACUCAGGCUCCUCAACAACAUUUUGGAUCUUAGUAAGGUAGAAUCUGGGAAGCUGGUUCUGGAAGAGACCGAAUUUGAUUUGAGUCGAGAACUCGAAGGUCUCCUUGACAUGUUCUCCGUCCAAUGCUUUAACCACAAUGUGGAAACUGUUUUAGAUCUCUCUGAUGAUAUGCCAAAACUAGUUAAAGGGGACUCUGGCAGAGUGGUUCAAAUAUUUGCAAACCUACUAAGCAAUUCUCUGAAGUUCACAACUUGUGGCCAUAUCAUUCUCCGAGGAUGGUGCGAGAAUUCAAACUCAAACACUCUCACAAGCAGCAGAAAGGGCCCGAUGGAAUCUUGGCCGAGUCCUAAAGUGAGGUUUAAGGAUCAAGAAGGAGGCCAUUGUGGAAAACCUUUCAAGAAGGACAAUGACAAAACUGUCCUUUGGUUUGAAGUAGACGACACUGGUUGUGGGAUUGAUCCAAGCAAAUGGGAAUCUGUGUUUGAAAGCUUUGAGCAAGCUGAUCCCUCCACCACAAGAUUGCAUGGUGGAACUGGUCUUGGUCUAUGCAUAGUACGUACCCUGGUGAACAAAAUGGGUGGUGAGAUCAAAGUUAUGAAGAAAAAUGGUGAAGGCACUCUGAUGAAACUUUGUCUCCCACUGGGCACUCCUAUGAAUGACAUAGGACAGUUUUGUCAUUUGAAUAUGAGAGAGCAGACAAUGACUGUAUUGCUUGCACUACAUGGGAGAAUGGGAAGAGUAAUAAUGUCCCAAUGGUUAGAGAAAAACGGAGUCCACACUCGCGAAGCAUCUGACUGGAAUGAACUAACGCAAAUGCUUCAAGGGCUUUUGACACACACCUCUCUUUUUGCCAUAGUUAUUGACAUUGGACUGCUUGACUUGAGCACAGCCAUAUGGAAGAAGCAACUUGCUUUUCUUGACAAAUGGAGUGGUAGAGCAAAGUUUGCAUGGAUUCUUUACCACGACACUUCCAACUCCAUCAAAUCCGAGUUGCGGAGAAGAGGGCAUCCCUUGAUGGUAAACCGACCGCUUUACAAGGGGAAAAUGAUUCAGAUUCUGGAAGCCAUAAUCAAUGCCAACAAACUUGAACCAAAAUCUUGUCUAGACAGCCCAGACGAAUCUGAAAACUCGGAAUACGGAAAGGGCAAACUCGUCACCGAGACGAAUUCGGAAGAGAAUACUACAUCAUCUUCCGAAGACUACCCAAGGCAGGCAGGGAAGGGAACAGUAGAAUUAAGCAAUGUUGGGUCCAGAAAGGAAACAAACCAACAAAAUCUUCUUGCAGGACUAAGAAUACUACUUGCUGAGGAUACGCCCGUGCUUCAGAGAGUUGCAACCAUAAUGCUGGAAAAAAUGGGAGCAAAGGUUGUGGUUGUAGGGGACGGGCAACAGGCCGUGGAUGCCAUCAAGUCCAAAGACUGCAGAGAUGACAAAGGAUCAUUUCCCCCGGCUUUUGACUUGAUCCUGAUGGAUUGUCAAAUGCCAAAGAUGGAUGGGUAUGAAGCAACAAAAGCUAUAAGAAGAUCAGAAGUGGGGAGUGGUUCUUCUUCACACAUACCAAUAGUGGCAGUGACAGCACAUGCAAUGUCAUCAGAUGAAGCCAAAUGUUUGGAGGUGGGAAUGGAUGCUUAUUUGACUAAACCCAUUGACAGAGACCUCAUGCUUUCCACCAUCCUCUCCUUAACCAACAAGACACUCCUCCCACCACUGUCUUCUUGAUCUCUUUGAUUUGUGUCAAUCAGCCUACUCGAUAAGGGAUAGUUUGGAUGGAAUUUAUUCAGAAGGGAUAAUAAGAAGAAAAAAAGAAAGAGGGAUAUGUGGUAAGAACUAAGAAGAGACCCAAACAUUUAACAUUGAGUUGAUAAUGAAUUAAUUAAAUGCUAAGGGAUUGUUUGGAUGAUGGAUUUGACUCUCAAGAAUAAAUAAAAAGAAAAUAAACUGCUACAAUUCAAGAAACUGCGACUGGGAAACAAAAAGGGGGGGAUUUUUUUUUUUUUUGAAUAAAGGGGGGGGGGGGGAUUUGAAUAAAAAGAAUAAAAAGAAAGGGAUAUUUGGUAACCAGAUCCAAACAUGGAGUUGAUAAUGAAUACUGUUAAGGGAU